AUGGCAGAAGCAGAGUCAGCUCCUUCAAUCCUCUCAAUCUUUGAGAACUUCCGCGACGAGCUGGACGAGCACCAUGAUCGCCGUGAACGUAUCAUCAAGAAAAGUCGCGACAUUACCGCCUUAAGCAAGAAGAUUAUCUUCGCCCUUCAACGAGUCCGCGCAACGAACCAACCCCUCCCACCCAAAAUCGCCCAAGAAAACCAAACCCGCUUCGACCAAAUCCGCGAGCUGUUCGAGGCUGUCGUCCCCGAGCAACUAGGCAUCAAUGGCUGGCGAUACCAGCGCCAAAUCAGCGCCGGAAUCCAAGAAUUCAUCGAGGCCAUCUCCUUCGACCACUACCUACGCACACAAACGCUCAUCACUCACGCCGAGUGCUCCGCCCGCAUCCCACCGCAAAUCCUCGUUUCAGAAGAAGACUACCUAAUGGGCCUAUACGAUCUCACAGGAGAGAUGAUGCGCUUUGCGGUUUUGUCACUGAGUUCUGGAAACGCAACUGCUAUCCAGACGACCGAGAACACAGCAAGCGAAAGCGAGAAAUCGACGGUCGCUUCAUCAGAGGGUGGCAUUGUGGUUGAUCUACGUGCUAUGCGCGCAGGGUUUGAGGCGCUCAGUGUGCCACCCCGGCAUUACAUGUUCCGGGAUAUGGCGAAGAAGCUGGAUGUGAUGCAGAAUAGUGUGGAGAAGGUUGAGCGGGCGGCGUAUGGGAUUGUCGUUCGUGGGAGUGAGAGGCCGAGUGGAUGGACACCUGAUCUGUCGGCCGCGGUGGAGGUGUCAUCCUACUAA